AUGCCGUACGCCGUGGUGGAAACGAUUGAUGCUCUCGGAAAUAAGGAGCUGCUUGCUGCACCAGAACAUUGGAUCCAGCGUCAGGAAGGAGGCAAGCAAUAUCUUUGCUGGCCAAACGUGAGAAACAUAAACACCUUGACCGCGCUGUUACAGGACGAGAGCAGUGUACCGUCGUUAAUGUGGGAAAAGCACGAAUGUACGAUUAAGCGGAGCAGCAUUUGUUCACUAGCGCUGGCAAGUAAAACAUUGGAAGGCAUACAAAAGCUGACCGAAAACAAAAAGAUCCCCGAGCCAGGUACACCCGCAAAAAGACCCGAUACUAUUCGGAACCACUACAAUGAACGGGAGAAUAUUCUUGACCAAGAAACGCUAGAUUUUGACGAUGGACAGGAACCGAAAAAUAAGCUUCCAUUUGAUGCGCUGGGUGAUAGUAAGAUGUCUCCCAAGGUGUCGAAAAUGUUCAAUCAACUUAAGCACCAAAUUGACACAAAUCAGGAAGAGAUGACGAAAAAAAUGAAUGAAGGGUUUUAUCGUAUACAGAAAACGCUGGUCAGCUUGAUGCACAAACAGUCAGAAAGCUCGAGAGCACCGCCCAUGGCAACUUUCGCAUCAUCCUCUAGAGCACCCAUAACGGCAUCAAAGCGGAACGAUACCUUACAUUUGAAACCUAUGAAAACGGUCAAAGAAAUGGAAGAUUUAGAAAAGCGACUCAAUGACGACGGUUAUCGAAAGCAAAUGCUUAACUGGAUCGAUAGUGUCGUAUCCUACGAGCGUAACCCGGAGUGCCGAAUGAUGGAAAUAUUGGACCUACUGUUUGAUCGGCACUUGCUGCCCAACUUUAGCUGGACAGGCGUCAGCUCUAAAGGCGUUAAAAAGCAUGCAUUCGGAGGGUAUAGAAACAUUCUUCAGCUUUUCGCUUACGCCGGCACCACCAGUUUGCAUCGGGCGGAUAAAACCUUUGUGGCAAACUUUUUCAUGAAGAAACUUCGCCACGCUCCUUUGCGAGCGGUAACGCUACAGGGGCUUCGUAGAUGUGUGCCUCAUUCACCAUCACCGAGAUCAACGAAAAUUAAACCGGGAGCAGCAGCAAGCAACAACAGCAGCGGACCGGGCAAAAGUACUAAGUUUGUAAAGAUAAGCAGGGUAGAUUUUGGGAGUUUGUCGAGGAGUGACGAAUAUGAUGAGAGUAAUAGCGUGCCGGAAAGGUUCAAAAUUGAUUCGGUACGCUCGCUUGAUGAUCACCAGUACGGUGACUACGCUGUGAUAGAAGUCGAGGAUGAGCACGAUCUGCAGCCAACGUUAUUCAUGAGCGCUGAAGAUGAAUACGAAUAG